AGUGCCGAAACGCGUUUUCAUUCGUUACGAUUGCAUUUCAGGCCGCACAACGUGGACGAAACGACUAUCGAAAACAAUUCAACGUCGAAGCGGUUCAUUUUUGAACACAUUUGUGCCAUUUCGCAAAAGUAUUGAGCCAAGUAGUCCGAGUGCAGCAGCUGAUAAAUCACCUUCUUCGCCGCACCAUAAACGCCGUGCGAGUGCUGCACCGGCUGUCUGCUUGCAAAUUUCUUCUAAGGAUGCUCUACCAAUGGCGUUACCCUACCAAAAACACCGAAAUCCCGAAGUAGCACCAGCAGCUACUGUUAUCGCUACAGCUACUACCACAACUUCUGUUACUUCCGCUACCACUACUACUACUACUGCUACUACCACUACUACUACUGCCACUGCUAAUUCUGCUACUAUCAGCAUUACAGCUACUAUUCCCGCUACUGCUACUGCUACGACUGGCAAUGCUAGCGGCCUAACAACCGGUGUCUCCUCUGGUGAGCUCUUGCACUCUUAUGCGUUUUUGCAUGCGUAG